UUCUUUCUUUCCAGUAUCAGUCUAUCGGUGCCUAAGUGAAGCAACUGUAUUUUGUCUUCUACUGAAAGGAGAACAUGGAGACACCUUACUCCACACCACAAACUUACAUUGAUGAUUUUAAUCCUAUGGACUACUUACAGACAUAUUUUUCUCCAGGGCAAGGAGUUGCUGUUGGAGAAUGGACUGAUUUUGUGUUACAGAAUCUUCAUGAAAUAUUCACUUCAGGAUUCAUGGUACUGGUCCCUACACAGGACACUAGUGGUGGCUCCACUGUCCUUCCAGUAACCGGUCGUGUUAAAGGAGACACACUAAUUGAUUUCGGUGCCGGGCCAACAAUUUACCACCUUCUCUCUGCUUGUGAAGUGUUCAACAACAUAAUCACCUCUGAUUUUCUUGAGCAAAAUCGCAGAGAAGUGCAGAAGUGGCUGAGAAAGGACCUUGAUGCCUUUGACUGGACUCCAAUUGUCAAAUAUGUGUGUGAGCUGGAAAAUAAUAGUGAUAACUGGCAGGAAAAAGAAGCUAAGCUGCGGAGAAAAGUGACAAAGGUUCUGCAAUGUGAUGCACUGAAGAAGAACCCAUAUGAUCCUGAGGUUAUGCCAGAAGCGGAUUGCCUGCUUUCCUGUCUCUGCUUAGAAGGACCAUGUAAAGACCCGGAAGCCUUCUGCAACACCCUGAAAAGUUUUUAUGACCUCCUUAAGCCAGGAGGUCAUCUGAUUAUACUGAGUGUUCUUAAUGGCACAUUCUACUUUGUUGGUCAGAAAAAGUUUUCUUGUCUGUCCUUAACUAGGGAGGACCUUGAGAGAGCAUUUAAAAAGGCUGGUUUUGAAAUUGAGGAAUUAAAGGUUGUACCACGUAAUGAUAAGUCAAGGAUGGACAUUACCGAUUACGACAGUUUGUACUGUGUCCAUGCCCGUAAACCACUUAACCUGUAAGCUUAAUAAACAAUAAGGGGGAUAUGCAGAAGUCUACGAGAUGCAGUCAUUGGUGGGCAGAUUAGGUGGGCCAAGUGGUUCUUAUCUGCUGUCAAAAUUCUAUGUUUCUAUGAGAUUCUGGCGUCUGCCUGAUUUUUUUUAUUUAAACCUGCAAUUAUUUAAAAGAUAAAACCAAACUGAUGUUGCCUUUUAAAUUAUUGCCACCAGAAUCUCACAAGUGGGAUGUAGUUAUGUGACCGGCGGUCAGGAGACCUCCAGUCACAAUACCGGCACCUACAUCCUGACCCCUCACAAUUCCGACAGUCGGCAUGCUAACUUACAGGGAUUAUUCCCACUCGUAGGUUCCACGACACCCAUAGAGCGGGAAUAAAACCUGUGGCGAGCGCACAGCGAGCCCACAGCCUGACGCUGGUCUUUUCAAUACAGGGAUCCCAGCGUCGGUAUGUUGACGCGAUACCAACCCUCACAAGUGUCUGUAUCUCUCAGGCUAUUACAUUUCUCCCUAGGUAGUGUUACUGAUGAUUUCUCCAGCGUUUCUCUAUUAUAUAAAAUACUGGCUGAUAUACUGUCUGUGACUGACACUUUGCAGUGAUUAAGGUGGUGCGUCAUGUUCAUAAACCAUCUUCUAUUCAUGCCAAACAUUUAUUACAUUUUGCAAUUGAAUAAAUGUUUGGCACAUGUUGAUAGCGAGUAGUUAAUAUAUUUCUCAGGCUGUAACUGUUUCAUUGCAAGGAUUUUCUAAUUUUCUGUCUCUUUUGGAACAUUAAAGCAGGCUACGUUCUAACAUCAA